UACGUCGACAACACGCCGCGCCAACUCUCUCUUUGCAUUAGAGAUGUCAGUUUAGGUCACAGAGCAGAACUGAGCGCUAAAGUCUACAGUUUGCUUGUUUCUGCGCUAACGUGACUAAAUGACCCGCUAACAGAAACAUAGAAACAUCACCUAACUGAACCAAAGGAAUCAAAGAGGAAACUACUGUAAUUUACAGAUAUGGGAGCUCUGAUAUCCCGAUGGAAGACAAAGCCAACAACAGUUGAGCAGCUGGAGAACUUGGACAAGGAGAUUAAAGAGCUGGAGGAGUUUAGAGCUAAAAAUCAGCGUCUGCAAAAGCUGUGGGUCGGCUGGUUGCUUUUCUACUCGUCGGUUCUUUACCUGCUGGUCUCUCUGAUCGUCUACUGUCUCUACCUACCUGAACAAUGGUUGGAGAGACUAGCCAUGGCCCUGCCUUUCUUCAUAUACCCAGUGCUGGUGUGGUUCAUCAGGAAGUUGUUGAUUUUUAUCUUUUCCAAACGCACUGAGAGAAACAAUGAUAAACUAGAAGAUUUAAAGGUUGCCAAAAAAAAGAUUCUUGAGGAAGUGAUGGAAACGGAGACGUACAAAAACGCCAAACUCAUCCUGGAACGCUUUGAUCCCGAAGCUAAGAAGAAAGCUGAGCUGGAGUCGACUCCGGUGCGUCCUCAGAUGACUCCCAGACCAGGACAAGAGAUUCGGCAGAGGGGGGUGGCAAUGAGACCCAUGCCAAUGGGCACCCCAGCUGCCAUGGUAAUGACUCCCCAACGUGGAGCACAGACCCCAUUGGGACCAGGGGGCACACCUGUGGAACCUGUCCCUCUCUCAGCUCCAGGAGGACCACCAGAGAGAUCUGCACUGUCUGCGUCUGUCCUCCAGGGGGCAGUACCUAGGACCCCCUGCUCCCCUAUACCUGGUGUCGGCAUGCAUCCUCCAGGUCCUCCAUUAGCAAGACCCAUUCUGCCCAAAGACAGAGGAGCUGUGGACCGAGUCGUUGAGUACCUGGUAGGGGAUGGACCACAGAACAGAUACGCAUUGAUCUGCCAACAGUGUUUCUCUCAUAACGGCAUGGCUCUGAAAGAAGAGUUUGAAUAUCUAGCCUUUCGUUGCGCAUAUUGCUACUUCCUGAAUCCAGCUAGGAAAACCCGCCCCCAGGCUCCCAGGCUUCCAGAGUUUAGCUAUGAGAGGAGGCUGCGUGCAGAAUCACGUUCCCCUGGACCAACACCACGUUCUGGGACAGACACAGAGGAGAGCACGCCCCCUUCUGGAGCCAAGGCUCCGGCUCCGUGGAAUAUGGUCCACAGUUUCCAGAUCCAGCACAGUCCAAAGAACCCUCAGAACCGACCUCUGCAGAGUCCAGAUGAGAAAGAGAUUGGGGAAGAGGAAAGACCCACCAAAGAAAUAGAGAGUGAGAUCCAAUCAGAGGAGCCGCAGCCACAGCAGCAGCAGCAGCAGCAGCAGCAGAAGCAAGAGGAGGAGGAGGAGGAGGAAGGAGAAGAAGAAGAAGUGGUUCAGGAGGAGGAGGAGGAGGAGGAGCAGGAAAAGGUGGAAUCAGAACAAAGUCACAGCGCCCCCUGUGAGACAGAAUCUCAGCCAUCAUAGUUGCACAGAGUCCAGAGGAGGACCAGGAAGGACUGAUUAUUCUGUCCAGACUAAAGGUGUUGGUAUUGGCCAUGAUAGACAGGUGGCAUUUUAAAGCAAUAUGGCAGAGCAAGGAUUGCCAUUAAUAGUAGUUUGAUAUAUUUCUUCCCUGCAACCAAAAACUCAAUCAAUCUCAUUUGUAUUUCAGUUUGAAGCGUUUAGUUUCCAUUUUUUUCGUGUGUGCCUAAAUUCAACUGUUCAAUUGUAGAUGCAAUUUCCUGACUCUCAAAGUCAAAAGCCGUCAUACUGAGAUGAAGCAGGUAUGGACGGUGAUGAUGCUGAUUAAAUAAAUGCAACAUAUUCUUAAUGAAGAACAUAAUGCAGUAUGAGGAUCAAAAUUCUUAUUUAUGAAAUUGUUUAUGUUAAAAUUGCCUAACCGUAUUGCCUAAAAAUGAUGCCGACAUAUCAUGGCCUUUUAACAGUUUGAUUGGUUGACUGGGAAGGUGUUAGAUUGAUGAUUGUAGUUUUAAUCCGAAAGCUGUUUCCUGAUAGAGUAGUUGGCUGCUGAUAGUGCUCCUUAUGUGGUGACUGACAAGCUGUCAUAGGUCAAUAGUUUAUAAUUUAUAAUGUAAGGUUCUUUUUAAGUAGUUGGCCACUGUAUGAUUUUAUUAAUGAAAAGUGUUAUGAUUUUAGAUAUAACUGCUGGUUCACAAAUGGUUUGUCUUCAGAUGCGGCAAUAACACAAACAUACUUAAAUCUAAAUUCCUUUAUUAACUCUUAUUUCGGUAAUUUAUUUUUUCACUCAGUUUGGUUUGUGUAUAUUUUGCUUAAUGUCACAGUUACUCAUAAUGGAAAUAUUAAGUGUAGCACAUACAUGUUAUUUAUUGUUUUUGUUGGGUAAUGUACAGAAUUCUUCACUUAAGUUCUCGAGAGAUCAUAAAAUCCAACAAAGUGCAUUUUAAAGGACCAGUGUGUUGGAUUUAGUGACAUCUAGUGGUGAGUUGGCAGAUUGCAAGCAGCUGAAUACCCCUCAUCCUCCCCUUCCAAGCAUGUAGAAGAACCUACGGUGGCCUCGAAAAACACAAAAGGCCCUCUCUAGAGCCGGUGUU